AUGGAUUCGCAAUCGAGUAGCUUCUUGUUCCAGACGUGCUUGGACCUUCGCAGUGGAGUCCUCAACCUUUCUACAGCGUGGACCACAGCGGUUUUAGCGACGGUAGUGGCUCUGUCCCUGCUAAACUAUGUGCUGACCCCACGUCUCCACCCACGUGAACCGCCAACAGUCAAACCGACAAUUCCAUGGAUAGGUCAUAUUGUCGGCAUCAUUCGUCACCAAGCAGAUUACGGCAGAAUCGUUCAGUUCGUCUCCUACUUUCUCAAUCACAGGUUUCCAAGCACUGACAACAUCACCAGCCAUGCGAACCCUAAGCACCUAAUCGCGACGCUACCCAUGCUAAAUGGCAAGCUCUACCUCGUCUUCGAUCCCAAUCUUCUUCAGUCCCUCCUCCGCAACAAGACCGCGUCGGCCGAACCUUUCUCAAUCGACUACGCUAAGAAAACAUUCGACCUGACGCACGAAGAGUUCCAGAAGAUCAGGGCACCAGGCGUUUACGAUGAAUUCACUGAGGCGAUACACACGAGCUUCCAGACUGCAAGUCUGCAUCAGAUGAAUGUCCAGUUCUUGGGCUGCAUCUCGGCGACGCUGGAUUCUAUGAGCAAUGGAACGCUGCGCGCGCAUGAAGACACGCAUGGCAAGGAAUCGGUCAUAGCUGGAGGUAUACAAGUCGAGAACCUAUAUCUUUGGUGUCGCGAUGUUAUGUCGCUUGCUACUACCAAAGCUCUGUACGGCGACACCGAUCCUUUCGCAUCCAAGCCAUCACUGAUCGAAGACAUGUGGUGCUUCGAAGAAUCGGUCCCAUACUUCCUGCUCUCCCUCUUCCCCUCCGUAACGAUGCCAAAAGCCUACAAAGCGCGCUCCACCCUGCAAGCCGUCACUUGCAAAUGGUACUCAGAAGACCACGACGUCACCGACCACUCUGUAUCGUCCAUCGUCCGCAACCGCGCCGGCGCCCUGCGCAAAACUGGCCUCACUGGAUUCGAAAUUGGAAAGAUUGAGGUCAUUCUGCCUAAUGUCGCGACGCUCAAUGCCGUGCCUACGCUGUACUGGCUUCUGCUCUACAUCCUCGAUCGACCCGAACUUCUCACACGCAUUCGAGCCGAAGCCGAAGCCGCAGCUGAGGUGGCGCAUGAUAAUGGAAGAAAGACGGUUACGUUUGACAUUGCAGAAUUUGACACCAAGCUUCCUUUACUUGUAAGCUGCUAUCGCGAAACGAUGCGGCUCGUCAAUCAAUCUGUUAGCAUACGUCGCAUAUUGGAGGACAUAAACGUCACGACACCCGAAGGAACAACGUAUAUCCUUAAGAAGGGUACAGACAUGCAGCUUCCUGCUGGUGUGGCGCACUACGAGGAAAGUGUCUGGGGCUCAGACGUCAACACCUUCAACCCGGAGCGUUUUCUCCCGUCUUCCAAGCGUAACUCCGAUGAGGAGCGGAGACGCAAAGCAGCGUACAUACCCUUCGGCGGAGGACGUCACCUGUGCCCCGGUCGCAACUUUGCCUUCGCGGAGAUCAUUGGCUUUGCCUCUUCUCUGUUCCUUGGUUUCGACGUUGAGGCUACGGGUAUGGCCUUUGGCGAUAUGAAGAUGCUCGGUCCUCAGCUUGCGGGCGGAACGGUCCGCCCCGAGAAGUAUGGCGCUGGGCUAGGUGCGAAGAUCAAGAGAAGGCAAGGGUGGGAAGACGUCAAAUGGAGGUUUGAGUGUUAA